CUCGAUCCAAGGCUCAAAUCUUAAGGCAGCUACCAACAGUUCGAUUUCUAGGGCCGUCACCAUGCUCCCACGAAGGUAAGUUACACCCCCCGUCCCCGCACUUAUUAAAUAGCACCAGCAGGCCGGCGCAACCAUGUCCGUGCAAAAUUGGCCCCGUGUCAGCGUUGUGUCGCUGUUUGUCAGCUUUAUGACGCUUUUCGGUGUGAUGGUUUGGUGGGAAACCGACGAUGAAGGAAAUAGCACCAAACCAGCACUGCUCUCACGCGAGUGGACGGAGAAACCGUGUGCGGACCACGGAGACUGUCCAGCGAAGUACGCCUGCAUGCCCUUCACCAUAAAUUCUGGAUCGGCGGCAGCCGCAGGAACGGGGGGGAAGAACGACGCAGCAAAAGCAAGACAAUUUCGGUGCGCUGCUCGCAGUCUGGUGCUCGAUUUUUCCAUCUCGGACGUGCUGUGCACGCUUUUCGUCUUCGUAACGGCGUUUCUGUCCGCAGGUAGCGGGGUCGGAGGUGGCGGGGUGUUCGUACCCCUUUUUCUGAUUUUGCUGAAUUUCAGUGCCAAGGAAGCGGUGCCACUGUCGAAGGCGUGUUGUCUCACGGGUUCACUGAUCAACAUCGUGCUGUUUUUGCCAGAACGAAAUCCAGUUUUAGCCUCGCGGACACUGGUCGACUUCGACGUGGUGGCCGUUUUGAAUCCGCCGCUGCUUGCCGGCAUAACACUAGGCGUCAUCGGUCACAAGAUGAGCCCCGACUGGGUCGUCGUACUGCUGCUCCUGUCGACGUUAAUUUUCGCUUUCAAAAAGUCCUGGGCCAAGGGGGUAACCCGAUGGAGAGAGGAGACCAAAAUGUUGCUUGCGCAGGAGGAAGAGGCAAACGCAAACGAGGGGAAUGACAACUCCUCGGGUAGUAGUGGAGAAUCGGCUGCGCCAGCUUCGGCCACAACAAAUGCAACGACCCCUGCAAAGGCUGCCACAGCGGCUACUGAGGUGAGAGGUCGAGACGCUGACAAGAACCCUUCUGCGUCUUCUCCAAACCUAUCAUCAUCCCCCGGCCGAUCGACAGGGAAGAAGGACCGAAACGCGGCAAUUCGCACGCCGGGCACCGCAAACAAGACAACCAAGAAAACGAUUUUCGGGCGGCGGUCGGAGUUCAUCGCCGUCAGUGGCUUUGAAGAGGACGAGAACUACAAUUCACAGGAAGAUGAUGUGGACCUAAGGGCUAGCGGCGGCGCAGGAGAUGGGGAAAAUACUGACACGACAUUGCACUCCACCACGAUCAUAAGGAAACAAACUGCGCGACCAUCAUCUUCUUCACGGAAGCCUGAGGAAACAACCGACGCGUUGGACCUCUCGCUUUUUUCCUGGCGGAAUUACUUGUGGACCUGGCAGACCGCACGCAAAGCGAUUGAAAUCACGACUCUACUCUGUGUUUUUCUGUUCUUCGUCGAGUACACAAAAGCGCCGCGCUGCACUGGCCUGUAUUGGUUGGAGGUGGUGUUCCAGUUGGCGGUUUGUCUCGUGUUUUUUGGAUUCGCGUUGAGGCGAGUUCUCCAGGAAGAGCAGCGGGGGCAGUUGGUAAGGACAACAGAUCUCGAAGAUGUGGAUCUGGAAGAGCUCGGGGAAGUUGGCACGGACGCUGAAUUGGAAAGAACCGGCAGUGUGCAACGGGGGGGAUCAGCAGCAAGUGUGCCGAAUUCGCGAAAAAGUUCCUCUGUGAAGGACGGUGAGCAGGAGAUUCGCACAACGACGUCCAUCACAAGCAGUGAUUUUCAGGUUGAUGACGAGGAGGACGACGCAGCAAGCAGCCGUCCGCGAAACAGCACCCCCGCCGGCAACGAGUGCGCGCAACUCGCCUGGGCGGAAGGCACGAACCGAGUCGUUUUUCCGUUGUAUGCCGGAGCAGCCGGGUUUGUCGGUGGCUUUCUCGGCAUUGGAGGUGGUAUGCUUCUGUCGCCGGUUUUGCUGGACCUGGGAUUGCUGCCUGAAGUCACGCAAGCAACAACGGCGAUGUUCGUCUUCCUGAGCAGCGCACUCGCCAUGUUGCAGUUCUUCCUGUUGGACCUCGUUAUGCCGAGCUACGUCUGCUGGUAUGGCUUCUGGGUCUUUGUAGCAACCGCUGCGGGACAGUUUUUACUGAAAAAGCUUCUGCAGCUCUACCAGCGCAAGUCGCUGAUAAUUUUGUCCGUCGCGGCAAUAAUUUUUCUGUCGAUGGUGCUAAUGACACUGAAUGGCCUCUAUCGGCUCUACAUAGACUACACGAACCAAGAUUGGGAAGCACUUUCGUUUAGCUUCUCCAAGCUGUGCCAUUAG